CAAGUCACGGUACGCGUCUCGCGUUCUAAACUGGAUCCGGGGGUAAUACAUGCUUUCUCCGGUCCUCGGUGACUACUGACAAGUCCCUGGAAGACCUGGAAGCCCAGGCGAGGAAGACCUCUCCCCACACCCCCCCAAAGCCCAGGCACUCCUGCGGCACUACACAGCCCCGCACCCGGCACAUUCCGCAGCCCCCGCCCCGGGACUGUCCACCGUGCCUCCUGCCCAGCCCCACCCCAUGCCCUCAGAAGCUCGGCUCUCCUAGCCUCACGGCAGGUGAGGUCUGAACAGCUGGCCCUUGAACCCGCGAGUUGCUCACCUUGCUGAGGACCCCAGCGCUCCACAGGCGGCCCGGACUCGGUCUCCGGGUCCUCCUCCGAGCCCGAUGAGUUCCAGCUCUGGUUAUCCGACAUGGAGGCGCGACAGCCGAGCAGAAGACCGGCCCCCGCUCCGUGAGCUGCGCCGGAGGAGGCGCCCAGUCCCGCGGGUAAGGGUCGGGGGAUGGCGAAGCGAAGAGUGCGGGGGGGGAAAGAAGGUGGGACGAAGUCCACCAGCCGCCACGACGCCGUAGCCGCCGCGCCUGACACCGAGUGGACCGGGGAAGGAGGACGAGCGGCGAAGGAAGCCUGCCCUUCCAGCCGUCAGCCGCCACCGUCGCCGUGACCCCUGCGCUGCGCCCGGCGCCGCUACCCGAACUCGGCCCUCUCGAUGCCAACCUCAGUCAGGGAAGGAAAAGGGGAGAAGAAGGGAAGAGAAAAUCCAGCUGCAGACCCGGGUCCACUCACACCUCCGCUGCCGCCGCCAUCUUCCUGCCUGGCCCACUAUUUACCCUCCCUCCCCUCCCCACACCCCUCCCCUCCGUCCUCCCAUUCUCCCGCUACUGCCCGCCCAGUAUCCCUCCCGACGUCUGACGCCACACGCCAAGGGCUCGAGGUCCCCCCACCCGAGCAUCCUACCUCCGGCCUUCGCGGGUGACGACGGGUAGAAAAGUAGGGGGCGGAGAGAGGAGAGGGCGGAAUAGGGACACCGCCAAGCUGCAUUCUGGGAAGGGUGCUGCUCGGACGUCGCGCAGGACUCCUGGGAGUUGUAGUCACGAUCCUAGUCAACUGAUUUGUGCUCCGGCGCCGGUAAGGCGUUGUCGCAUUGGGGACUGUCAAACGGCAGAUGCUCAUUUGAGAGUUUGCGUGACCGACCCCCUGACCUCGCUUCUCUGCCCCUGCCUAGCGUGUUUGUGACGAACGCUGCGGGCUUGCGGGUCAGAAGGUGAAAUAACUCUCCGGUUUCUUGAGGUUGCGGGAGAAUAAUGACAUUGGAAGAAAAAAAAUUUUAAAUAAAAUAAGAACGUCAGGCAAUAUCCUGGAGUUUGCUCUUAGUUGAAAUUACCUUUCUAAGACCUGUGUUAACCAUCUCUACUUAUACCGCUCCCUGAAAGAUAGUGAAUGGGAAGUUAAGGGAAAUUUUAAAUUUGAGGAAAAACGCUCAGUGGCUGAAAAACUACUCCGGUAGUAGUGGAGACAAGACAACUUUACUGGAAUCUUCAGGAACAAAUGGAAUGAUGGGAAAUGUCUCUGAGAAGUACCUGCGAUACCUUUCAUAUCUCUAGAUUGACACUUCUAGAUGCUAAAUUUUCAGAUCUGGCUAAGUUGCUGAAGCUGUCCUCAACUUGCAAUCCUCCUGCCUCAGUCUCCCGAGUUGCUGGGAUUACAGGCAUGCACCACCAUUCCUGGCUCACUUCACUUAAUCUUGAAUUCUUUUUAUAAGCUACCACAAAAUUUUUUGGGAAAGAAAUAGAGAAGUAGAAUAUCAGGUAGAAAAGAAGAUAAUAAAAAAGAAGACACUUUACGUUUACACCAUGCAUAGUACAAAGGAGAAGAAUGACCAUUACAAAGAUGAUCUUCUGCUUAGGAUGGGACUUAAUGAUAAUAAAGCAGGAAUGGAAGGAUUAGAUAAAGAGAAAAUUAACAAAAUUAUAAUGGAGGCCACAAAGGGAUCCAAAUAUUACGGAAACGAACUCAAGAAGGAAAAACAAGUCAACCAACGAAUUGAAAAUAUGAUGCAACAAAAAGCUCAAAUUACCAGCCAGCAACUAAGGAAAGCACAAUUACAGGUUGACAGAUUUGCAAUGGAAUUAGAACAGAGCCGGAAUUUGAACAAUACCAUAGUGCAUGUUGACAUGGAUGCUUUCUAUGCAGCAGUAGAAAUGAGGGACAAUCCAGAAUUAAAGGAUAAACCCAUUGCUGUAGGAUCAAUGAGUAUGUUGUCUACUUCAAAUUAUCAUGCAAGGAGGUUUGGCGUUCGUGCAGCCAUGCCAGGAUUUAUUGCUAAGAGACUGUGCCCACAACUUAUCAUAGUGCCCCCAAACUUUGACAAAUACAGAGCUGUGAGUAAAGAGGUUAAGGAAAUACUUGCUGAUUAUGAUCCCAAUUUUAUGGCCAUGAGUCUUGAUGAAGCUUACUUGAAUAUAACAAAGCACUUACAGGAAAGACGAAAUUGGCCUGAGGACAAAAGAAAGUAUUUCGUCAAAACUGAAAAUGCCAUAGAAAAUGAUCAACCAGGAAAGGAAGUUGAUAAACUGAGUGAGCAUGAGCGGCCCAUCUCUCCACUACUUUUCGAAGAUAGUCCUCCUGACUUGCAGCCCCCAUUGAACUAUGAAGAACAAAACAAUCCUCAAAUACUACAAAAUUCAGUUGUUUUUGGAACAUCGGCUGAGGAAGUGGUAAAGGAAAUUCGUUUCAGAAUCCAACAAAAAACAACAUUGACAGCCAGUGCAGGAAUUGCUCCCAAUACAAUGUUAGCCAAAGUUUGCAGUGACAAGAAUAAGCCAAAUGGACAAUAUCAAAUUCUCCCCAACAGACAAGCUGUGAUGGACUUCAUCAAAGACUUACCCAUUAGAAAGGUUUCUGGAAUAGGAAAAGUUACAGAGAAAAUGUUAAAGGCCCUUGGAAUUAUUACUUGUACAGAACUCUACCAACAGAGAGCAUUACUUUCUCUCCUUUUCUCUGAAACAUCUUGGCAUUAUUUCCUUCACAUCUCUUUGGGUCUAGGUUCAACACAUCUGGCAAGGGAUGGAGAAAGGAAAAGUAUGAGCGUUGAGAGGACCUUCAGUGAAAUAAGUAAAGCAGAAGAACAGUACAUCUUAUGUCAAGAACUUUGCAGUGAACUCGCUCAAGAUCUCCAGAAAGAAGGGCUUAAGGGUAGAACUGUUACCAUUAAGCUGAAGAAUGUGAAUUUUGAAGUGAAAACUCGUGCAUCUACAGUUUCAUCUGUUGUUUCUACUGCGGAAGAAAUAUUUGCCAUUGCUAAGGAGUUGCUAAGGACAGAAAUUGAUGCUGAUUUUCCAAAUCCCUUGAGAUUAAGACUUAUGGGUGUUCGGAUUUCUGGUUUUCCCAAUGAAGAAGACAAGAAACACCAACAAAGGAGCAUCAUUGGCUUCUUACAGACUGGAAAUCAAGCCCUGUCAGCCACUGGGUGUAUACUAGAGAAAACAGACAAAGAUCAGUUUGUAAAACCUCUAGAAAUGUCUAAUAAGAAGAGUUUCUUUGAUAAAAAACGAUCAGAAAGGAAAUGGAGCCACCAGGAUUCAUCUAAAUGUCAAACAAUGGUUAAACAAAGUUUACAGAUAUCACAACCAUUCCAAGUUUUAAAGAAGAAUAUGAGUGAGAAUUUAGAAACAUCAGAUAAUUCAGAUAAUUUCCAGAUAUUUACCUGUCCUGUUUGCUUUAGGGAGCAAAGAAGCAUCAGUCUGGAAGCCUUUAAUAAACAUGUAGAUGUGUGUCUUGAUGGACCUUCAAUCAGGGAGAACUCAAAAAUGUUCUCUUCUUCAAAUGCUUCCUCUACUGAAGUUAGCCUAAAAGAAAACACAAACCAUUCUUUUUCACAUUGUGAGAAGCAACAUUAUGAAACUCAUCAGGAAAAUGUAGAAAUCACUUCAGUAGAUUGUAUGAAUUUGGAAGAAACUAGAGAUAAUUCAUCUAAAGCAGAAAGUGUAGAUUCUUUAAGAAAUGAGUACAGCAAGGAGGAAUGUUCUAGACUUCCAAGCAAGUCUUGUAUUAUUUCAUUGGAAAAUGAAGAUGCUGAAUUACUAAGUAGACAAGAACCACUCCAACCUUGUGUACAUCAGGUGACAGCAGGCCAAGCGCUAGUUUGUCCAGUUUGUAACCUAGAACAAAAAACUUCAGAUCUUACACUGUUCAACGUACAUGUGGAUGUUUGCUUAAAUAAAGGUAUUAUUCAAGAACUGAAAAAUGAUAAAGUUCAAUCUCUUAAUCAACCCAAAGACAGCUCCAGAAGUACUGGUAACUCAAGCAGAGUACAGAAGACUGUGGCAAGAACAAAAAGGUGGACCCAAACCGCAGCACAGCGCGUGCCACGCCCGAGGCGAUUCUCCCAGGCCCGCCCCAGGCAGGGCAGGGCCGAGAGGCUGGAGAACCUGGAGCCGGUGGCCGGCGAGCGGACUCUGCCCAGCGUUCCCGCCGCAGCGGACCCCCGCGGGCAGCCCCGCGCCGUAUCAGGUCCCGGCGGGGCUCAGCAGCCCGCGGGGAGGCCAUGGACCCGGCCCGGCGCGCUGCAGACCGCGGGGCUGUGAACACAGGGGCCGCGGCCAAGAGGCUGCUCCGCGGGGCAGCGACCACCGCGAAGGGGCUUCGGGAAGACCUGAGGGGCGUGGCCGCUCGGCCUUGGAAGGGCCUGUCCCGGAUCCCGACGCAGGAAGGGCCUCGAGAGGAGGAGGUAGCAGCUGCUGGACACGAGUUCCGUAAGUCCUGGAACGAGGUCUCAGGUGAUGCGGGCGCCCUCCUGAUUGGCAGUGGGGUGGACUGAGUCCAGAGGACUUCAGAGCGUACCCAGUGCGGAGGCCCUGAGGUGAGAAGCAAGCCGUGCGGGGAUUCGGCCCUGAAGACUCUCAAGUUCCUCCAACACUGCGCCCUUUGUUGGCUGCUUUUCAGCUUUGGAAUCCUCCCCCACCCCAGUUUUGAGUCACAGUCCCCACCACCAUGGUAGGAGGUAGGGAAAGUACUACUUUUCCAAAUUAAGGAGGAGCCUAUUUAAAGAAAUGAUUAAGCCCUUUGCAAAUAAGGAAAGAGUUUCUUGUUAUCUUUUAUCCUGACUUAGACACUGAUUUAUGUGUGACAUAAGUUACUUAACCUUUUUGCACAUAAGUUUUUAAAGCAUGGAGCAGAUUAUCUUUGCCUUGGGAAUAACAUAUAGCCUAAAUUGAAGCACACUUUUGAAGAGUCUUCGAAAGUUGAAAGUGAUUAGAGUCUGUUAACAAGAGCACACCCAGUAAUGGCCGGGAUGGCCUCAUUUCCUAAAGACCAGCCUUAGGAGCUGUAUGCCAGUUCCUUAAUAUACCAUGCAAGUAGUUCAUUCAUUCAUUUAUUCUAGAAAUAUUUUCAAGAUCUUACUCUUUUUUUUUUAAAGAGUUUAAAAUCAUUUAUUAAAAUAUAAUACAUAAAAUCAUGAAAUAGGUAAAAAACUGUUCAAGACCACACACUGCUUUUGGUUCUCUGUACAGUAUAUGCACAUAUUAAAUGAUCAUUCAAAAAUCAAGAAUAAAUCGGGUCACUUUAAUUCCAAUUCUCUUUUUGUAUGUGCAAAGUUAAUAUAUGUUCAAUUAAGCCAAGAGCAUCAAAACUAAAAUAAAUGUAAAUGUUCAUGUUUAUGUCAAUGUUUUAUAAGCUUUAAAAAAAUUCACAAGAAGAAUGUUCUCACUUAUUUUUAAAACUGUGGUUAAAUAUACAUCAAAUUAGCCAGGCACAGUGGAGCACACCUGUAAUCCCAGUGGCUCGGGAGGCUGAGGCAGGAGGAUCUUCAAAGCCAGUCUCAGCAAAAGUGAGGCACUAAGGAACUCAGUGAGAGCCUGUCUCUUUUACACCUAAAAUUGGUUCGAGAGCUGUCUGGUGAUCUUGGUCCAUUCACUAUCAUUUUCUAAGUAAGAACUGUUGGGCUAGUAGGAGGCUGUUUUAUCAUGGUCUUCAUUUUGUCACUAUUAAACCUUAAUCUCCUAUCAUGUUCCAAUGUAUUACGUGUGUAUUCAAUCAAAGAAGUAAGGUUAUUUUCCAGAAUUGGCUCUCUCCUAAAGGUCAAAACCGUUAAGUUGCCCUGGUAAAGAGUUUUCCAGAGAACACCAGUACGGUUUCACAGAUUGCUUUUUUCUCCUUCGGAUACGUUUCAAGGACGGAGGCACCGGUUACUCCGGGUCCCGAAUUUUCCGUCGACUCAAGUUUCUUGUCAGAAGACGGCCAUCAGCGGACAGGGCAAACGACUGCGCCAACCCUUGUGAAGCUCGGCGGGUUGCCUUUUCUCUAAGUUAUUUUUGGUGAUUUUUUUUACUGUUUUUUCGGCGUAGUGCUAGUGGCACUCUCGGACAGGUUAUCCCGUCGCUCCCGCUGGAUUGAUGAGAUCAGGCAUCACUCGAAAAUGGCGCCGAAAGCGCUGAGGCUCUUCAUUCCAAGAUCUUACUCUUUGCUAGACAUGUUCUAGAUGUGGGGAUGCAGAGAACAAGACAACCCCUUUUCUGAUGGAGCUCAUACUCUGUGUGAUGAAGAGAUGAUAGACAAGUAAGGAAAUACAAAGGGUAAGGUAAUUUAAGGGACAGGUCUAAGUGCUAUGAAGGUCAUGAAAUGGUCAUGUGACUGAGACAGGGGCACAGAAGGGCUUAGAUUUGAUGACUUAGGCAGAGAGGACAUUUUACAAAUACCUGAAUGACAGUAGACGUGGAAAAGGCUACCGAAGUGGAAAAACAUAAGCAAGAGAUAAGCAAAUGCAAGACAAAAUUGAAAUUGAUUUGUUCCAGAAAGAGGAAAAUGACCAGCAUUGCUGUAACAUGGGAAGUGAGGGGACUCUGACCCCUUUUGGUCUCUGUUUCUUGGUUGCUAUGAGGCAAACAGGCCUCCUCUGCCAUGCACUCCCACUAUAAUAUACUGUAUUACCAUAGGACCAAAGUAAUAAGAUGAAGUGACUAUGGAUUGAAACCUCUGAAACUGUGGGCCAAAAUAAGCCUUCCAUUCUUUUAAGUUGAUUAUCUCAGGUAUUUUGUCAUAGUAAUGGAAAGCUAACUAAUAUAGGGUAGUAGGCAGAACCAGUUCAUGCAAGGGCCUUGAUUCCCUAAGAAAGUAACUUCAACUUGAUCUUGUCAGCAUUUUUUUUAAG